AUGAUGGUUUUCCGACAAGUUCAGGCUCUCCCUGAUCGCAUGGCAGGGAGCAGUCCCUACCUCAUCCUGGCUGUUGUCUGCUCUGCGAUGUUUCUCGAUCUUGCAAACUUGAGUGCUAUCACAAUUGCGCUGCCUACCAUUCAAACAGACUUUGGAAUAAAUGUUGGAGAUCUCCAAUGGAUCAUUUCCGCCUACGCUCUUACGUUUGGUGGCUUCCUCUUGCUAGGUGGUCGCGGAGGAGACAUCUUUGGUCAUCGCCGUGUUCUGCUCUUUGGCAUGAUCUUCUUCACUUUAUUCAGCCUGGUCUGCGCCCUUUCUCCUACCUUCAUAGGACUGGUGGUUGCUAGAGCAUUCCAGGGUAUAGGCGCUGCUUUCACCAUCCCUCCAGCGCAGGCGCACAUCGUUCUGCACUUCACCGAUCCAACGCAGAAGGCGAAGGCGCUUGGGAUCUGGGGCGCCGCAGGUUCUUUGGGCUUCAUCAUCGGACUCAUUCUUGGUGGUGUCCCCACAGCGUUCUUAGGAUGGCGUUGGAUUUUCUGGAUUUCUUUGAUCAUCUCAGGAAUCGUCAUUCCGGCGGCAUAUGCUGUUCUUCCACGCAUCCCCUCUCCUCGUGCUAUUACACCACCCCCUGCAGAUGAAGCAGGUACAGAUGAAAGCGCUCAGAUGCCAAAGAAGAAGCUUUUCCAAUCGGUCAAGGAGCGCCUGAUCCGAUUUGACGCUCUUGGUAUUACACUUGGCAUUCCCGGUAUUCUCCUCCUCACAUACGCGCUCACUUCCGCCAACACCGAAGGUUGGGACGACGCCAAGAUCAUCGCCACGCUGGUGGUGUCGGUUGUAUUGCUCGUUGUCUUCGUUCUGCACGAACGCUCAGCUUCCCAGGCAAUCCUGGCUCCCCAUCUCUUCCGCAACCUAUCCUUUAACCUCACACUGGUUCUUGCUGUCAACACGUAUGCCGUGCGACAAGCAUGCACAUACUUCCUCACUGUCCAGCUCCAGUCCUACGGCGCGAGUGCCAUUCACACCUCAGUGCUCUUCAUCCCACUCGGCGUGAGCGCUCUCAUCUUCAACACUCUUUCGGGUCGCCUCGUCCCCAUCCUCGGCGCAAGGGCUAUGUUCAUCAUCGGCUGGGCUCUUUCUAUCCCCGGUGUCCUCCUCUUCAGCUUUAUCACCGAAGAUACCUCGUACUGGUGCUACACAUUCCCAGGAAUGAUCUUGUACAUCGCUGGUAUCGGUGCUGUCUACAUCACUGCCAACUUCGUCGUCGUCUCUUCCGCUUCCAGGUCGGACCAGGGUGCUGCUGCCGGCGUCUUCAACGUCGCACUGCAGGUCGGCGGUAGCGUGCUUGGUUUGGCUGUGCUUACUGCAGUUGCAGAGGGUAUCGAGAAGACGUAUGGAGACGCGAAUCUUCCUCAGGGUGAGCUUAGUACCAUUGGAUAUAGAAGUGUGUACUACAGCUGCGUCAUUUUGAGUGGCAUUGGGCUCUUUCUCAGCGUUUUCGCUAUCACGGUACCAGAAAGUAUGCGUGGGUCAGUUUGGAAGAAGGCAGAACCAAGUGCUCCAACUGAGACGUCCUCUUCCCAUGAGCUGCAACCCACCCAGUCACCGCAUAGUUAG